AAGCUGCUGUUGGAGGCAGAGUGCGAGGAAGUAUGAAAUGUGCUCACUGGUGCUGAUGGUCGAACAAUGAGCACAAAUCAGGCAGCUUUGGAUAUCUCUUCGAAGAACCCACAAGAUGACUUUGAGAUCAUACAGAGGGUUGGCGGAGGAACCUAUGGGGAGGUGUAUAAGGCAAGACACAAACAGACGGGGAAUCUGGCUGCAGUAAAGCUCAUCAAAAUGGAACCUGAUGAUGACUUUUCAGUUAUUCAACAAGAGAUCAUUAUGGUGAAAUCCUGUACACAUCAAAAUAUUGUUGCUUAUUAUGGAAGCUAUAUCAGGUCCAAUAAGUUAUGGAUUUGUAUGGAAUACUGCGGAGGAGGAUCACUGCAGGAUAUUUACCAUGUAACUGGCCCGCUCUCCGAGUUGCAGAUCGCUUACAUCAGCAGAGAGACACUACAGGGCUUGGAAUAUCUGCACAAUCAGGGGAAGAUCCACCGAGAUAUCAAGGGAGCAAAUAUUCUUAUCAAUGACAAUGGAGAUGUAAAAUUAGCUGAUUUUGGGAUUUCGGCUCAAAUCACUGCCACAUUUGCCCGAAGAAUGUCCUUCAUUGGAACACCAUAUUGGAUGGCUCCUGAAGUUGCUGCUGUGGAGUUCAAAGGUGGCUACAAUGAGCUGUGCGAUAUCUGGGCCGUUGGCAUCACUGCUAUUGAGCUGGCUGAACUGCAGCCUCCAAUGUUUGAUGUGCAUCCUUUGAGAGUGCUCUUUCUAAUGAGCAAAAGUGGUUACCAGCCACCCAAGUUAAAGGAUAAAGCAAAAUGGAGUGCGACAUUCCACAAUUUUGCCAAGUUGACAUUAACAAAGAAUCCAAAAAAGAGGCCAGCCGCCAGCAAGAUGCUAACGCACCAGUUUGUGGCACAGCCUGGUCUUAGCCGGGUCCUGGUUCAUGAAUUAAUCGACAAGCUGAGGAAUCCAGAGAAACACACCAGCCUCCAAGAGUUGGACGAAGAUGACCUUGAGGUACGUUACGCUCCGCCUCCUGCUGUCCCACGUAGGAUUCACUCAACUAAUCGGCAUUCAAAAGCAGAGAGAACAAGCUCAGAAAUAAAGCUUCACAAGAUUCAGUUUGAACAAGCCAUACAGAGGGAAGAAUCCUGGCAGAAUAAGGAUCAGUCCGUGGAGCAGAAUUCAGUUUCCUCACAGUGCAUGUCUGGUUCUGGGAGGAGGGACAGGGAGAAGCAGUCGGAUUCAGAUGAUGAUUAUGACGAUGUUGCUGUACUGACGGGGACACUGCGGGAUGACAUCCCACCACCAUUACCCCCCAAGCCAAAGUUCCGGAGCAGUUCUGAGGACAGCGUUUCUGAGGAGGAGAAGAUGAAGUCAGUGGAUCAUCACCCACAUUGCCAGCAUCUGCCAGCUACGCUGGUCCGGUGUUCCAGUGGUCCAUCGACAGCCAAAGCUCCCAAACAGCUCAGUCCUGGGGGUUCCAGGAGUCCAAUCCAUUCUGCUGUCAACAGCAGUACCUCAGAUCCCAGCAAUUGGAUGAGUCACCUUGCCAAGGACAGUGGAGGAACACCGCCAGUAUUACCACGCAGAAAAGAAAAGAAAGAGAGACCAGUACCUUCUGACACUGAUGUCCCCUCAGUUCAAAGAGUGCAGGUGGAAGUUCCAUUAGUGAAAGUGUUUAACGGCUGUCCACUGAAGAUUAACUGUGUAACAUCAUGGAUACAUCCCAACACCAAAGCCAAGCACCUGAUAUUGGGAUCUGAGGAAGGGAUUUAUACCCUAAAUCUAAAUGAACUGCAGGAAGCCAUUCUAGAACAGUUGUAUCCAGGCCGCUGCACUUGGGUUUAUGUCAUCAGUAACGUGUUAAUCAGCAUCUCAGGGAAGACACUGCAGUUACACUCUCAUAGCCUGCUAGGGCUAUACGAACAGGCCAAGAAGGAACAGAGGUCAAUGGUUCACAUACCAACACACCGACUUUUGCCUAGGAAGAAUGCAACAACUAGUAAGAUUCCAGACACCAAAGGCUGUAGGAAAUGUUCUGUUGUGCGAAACUCCCCAACAGGAUGUUGCUACCUUUGUGGAGCGUUGGAAUCCAGUAUCGUUCUCUUGCAGUGGUAUGAGCCCAUGCAUAAGUUCAUGCUCAUUAAGCACUUUGACUUUCCACUGCCGAAUCCACUUCGAAUUUUGGAAACGCUAGUGGUUCCAGGUCAGGAGUAUCCAAUGGUGUGUGUUGGGGUCAGCACAAAACAUUCCUCCGGCAAGGCUGUAGAGUUCCAGACAAUAAAUCUCAAUUCUUCCUCAUCCUGGUUCACAGAUUUGGGAACAGCAUCUCUGCAGGAGGAGUUUGUUCACGUGAGUCAACUGGACGACGACUUGGUACUUGUGUGUAUCGGCCAAAAUAUAAAAAUUGUAAAUAUUCACGGAUACCUCAAGUUGAAUAAGGAGCUGGUCCCAGAGGUGAUGUUUGAUGUCCCAGUGGAAUCAGUUGUCUGCUUCUCUGACAGCGUCCUGGGAUUUUGGAAACAUGGGAUGCAGCGGAAGAGUUUCAGAUCCUGUGAAAUUUUUGAGGAGAAAACAGAACACAGUCGACUUUAUCGUUUUUUGGGAGCUGACAGCUGCAGACUGGUGGUCUUUGAAACUAAACUGGCCGAUGACCCCACCUCCCACAGCAACCUCUAUAUCAUGCAAGUGCCAGAGAAUCCCUUAUGCAGGAUGGGAGGCGUACAGUCAGAUGGGGCCACAGCCUGGCAGUGAAACCGUUCCCAUGGGCAAAACAGGAGCUUUGUCAGCAGGACAAGGCUUAAAAGAGGGGAUAUUUAAUAUUAUUGACCUCUCUGCAUAAAAUGUUGGGUGUGGGUGUGGUCCUUGACUGCUGAAUCUGGAUUACACUUUUGGAAUGUGUGUCCUUGUAUUAUAGUAACAUCUACUAAUUCAACAGCAUGUAAAGUUUGAAUGACGAAUAUUCUAAAGUAGAAUUGAGAAUUGAAUGAAUUAAUUGAUGGUAUUCUAUAAAUAAA